CAUGAACUGGUGUUGGACGCACUGCGGCUGGUCCCAGGUGGACACGUCUGGCAGCUUCAUCACGUGACCUGCAGCCGCGAUGUGGCGCAGCACGUCGGCUCUGGAGAGGAACUUCCCCUCGCAGCCGUAGCAGCGGCUCUGGUGGAUCUGCCUCCGGAUGAAGUUCACCAGUUUGACCUGCUGGUAGAACCUGAGGUCUGAGAGGAGCAGACAGCGAGAGGAACAAAUAAGUGUGUGUGUGUGUGUGUGUGUGUGUGUGUGUGUGUGUGUGUGUGUGUGUGUGUGUGUGUGUGUGUGUGUGUGUGUGUGUGUGUGUGUGUGUGUGUGUGUGUGUGUGUGUGUGUGUGUGUGUGUGUCAGGUCGUCAUAUGAGGCGUCUCAGGAGUGGGCGGUGCCAGUUCAGUUCUGUCAGCUUCACAGUCUGGAGCUCAGCUCUGUUUACCCCGCCCACUGCGCCAAUGACGGACAGUUUGUCCACUUCCUGUUGUUUGUUGAGCUGCACAGUUUCCCGCCCCAGCAGGUGAGGUCACUGGUGGCUCGGUUUGGCCCCGCCCUCCAGGCCCACCUGAGCCUGGCGUUCCAGGAGCUGCAGCUGCACCGUCAGAGGAGGAGCAGUGGAUCUGAGGAGCAGCCGCAGUGUGGGAGCACAGAGAAGGCCUCUGGGGGUCCGGAGCCCCUCAGGGAGCUGUUCCAGGUCCUGCUGCAGAGCCAGGAGGAGGCGUCGCCCUGCAGGUUCCUGCUGCACGAGGCGCUGGUGCAACGCUGCCCCACACUGGCUGUGCUGGCUGCCUGUCAACAGGGGGCGGAGCUGCUGCCCUGCCUGUGUGCGUGGGUGUUGACCUCUGUGAAUGAUGUCACACUGAGUGAAGCCACCGCCCACCUGCUCGAAGCCCCACAGCACCACGAGUGGACCCUGCACGACCUGUCAAUCAUCUGGAGGACGCUGCUGGGGCGGGGCCACGUCAGGCCCCUCCUACGAGGCUUCGCUCUGUUCCAGAGGGACUGCCCCCUGGUGCUGGUGCUCAGGAUGUUCGAGCUGUGUUGUGACUACAGGAACUUCUCCGAGGCCAAAGUGAAGCUGCUGGAUUUCCAGAGGACGCUGAUCACUCUGAGAAACCGUGGGCCGGUGCCCCCUGGUGGACUCCCCCUGCAGUGGGUGGAGAGCCAGGCCUCGGUGCUGCUCCUCACGAUGCUGCAGCGCUGCUCCUCCCAGUACGACCUCCACCGCCUGCUGCAGCUCCUGGCCGACGUGGACAAGCUCCUCAAGUCCAACGGUCCAGACUUCAGGAAGCUGUCGCGGCUCAGUCAGUUGCUGCAGGGCUCAGACGUCAGCUUGUCUCCCAGGCUGCUUCAGUGCAGUUCACCCUCUGUCCAGCAGGAGGAGUUCCAGGCUGCUGUGGACGCUCUGCAGGCCAGGGGGCGCUACACUCAGGCCAGGAAGGUGGCGCUGCUGGCCGACCUGCCCGUCCACCACCUGCUGCUCAGCCAGCUCCUUCAGGAAAUGAACUCCCAGAAGUCCAAGACAACGUGGAGGAGGUUGGAGACCCGGGUCAGUUUCUGGAGGAGUUGUCAGGAGCAGCUGAAGAGCGACAGCACUGAUCCAGGAUCAGCCUCCUGUUUCUUCUUGUCGCAGGCUGAAGCCUCAGAUUCCUCAGCAGCUGCAGACGUUCAGACGGAGCUGCUGGACGUCCAGGAGCGCUGCCUCCUGCUGGGCCUCGCCGCUCACUGGCUCUCCCAGCUCAGCCCGACUCCCAUCGACCAGCUGGAGAGCAUGGAGAAGAAGCUUUGGAUCAGCCGGGUGCGGCAACACGUCCUCGCCGUGGCCAUGGAGCAGGAGAGCGUCUUCAACCUGCCGCCGCCCGCCGUCGCACCGGAAAUGAACAAGUAUGAAGUUCUCAUGAAGGAGUUCUCCUUCUCCAACAUAUCAGCUCUGAACACGGAGACCUGCCUCUGUCUGGACGGACUGCCGGGUCGCUCCGAGGAGCAGGAGGAGCAGCAGGAGGAGCAGGAGCAGCAGGAGGAGGAGCAGGAGGAGCAGGAGGAGGAGCAGCAGGAGCAGGACAUCAACUCCGAGGAGAGGAGAGUUCUGGCUUCACUGAUUGGUCAGCUAUUAGAUGACGGCAGUAUCCAUGAAGCCAGCCGAGUCUGCCGCUACUUCUGUCUGCACCACCCAGACGUGUGGGUGGUGCUGCGCUGCCGAGGGCUGGCGUCCGGAGAACUGAGCCCCGCCCCAAAGGAGGAGGAGUCAGAGGCGCCGCCGAGGAGGAGCAUCACCCCCUCGUCAUCGUUCGGCAGCCUGUCGCUCGCCAUGACUCCGCCCCCUGAAGACGAGGUCGCCGCCCAGCUGCAGCGACUGGUGGAUCAGUGCUGCCAUGGCAACAACUACUGCAAACAGGUCCUGAGCCUCUACCAGCUCUCCAAGGUAUAAGUACACACAUUCAAAGGUAUAAGUACACACAUUCAUACAGGUCCUCUUUACGUUAGGAGCCAUGUGGGGUUCAGUGUCUUGCCCGAGGACACUACGGAAAGAAGGAGAAACGGAGGAUAGA